AUGUCAGGAGAACAUAAUGCUCAGUGGGCAGAGCUCCAACGUCUCUGCGAGGCCUCAGAACACGAGAAAUCUAUCAAGCUCUGCGAUACAUUACUCAAGACUCUUCCUGGGGACAUUGACGCAUUACACGUGAAGCUCACCGCAUUAAUCCAUCUGGAUCGAUUCCAAGAUGCUCUCAACAUCCUGAACGGCCUGUCAUCAACAUCAUCAAACAUUCGACAAAACUUUGUGUUUGAAGAAGCCUAUUGUCUGUAUCGCUCAGAGAAACUGGAUGAAUCUCUCAAGCUCAUUGCUCGAGCAUUAAAAGACACGGAAUUGCUUGAUGAGACACGUAAUGCGUUGGGACGGUUGCAGUUUCAAGUGUUAUAUCGGACUGAAGAUUAUCGUGAGAGCUGGGAUGUUUGCAAGGCGCUUGUGGAUGAGCUUGAUGAGGGUAGUCCGUACUCUACCGAACUGACUGCCAACUUGGCUGGAAUUGAAGCUGCUGCUGCUCUAUCAGGGAUCAAGAUGGAUUUACAAAGUGUGGAUCCAACUACGGUAGCGACUUACGAGAUGGCAUAUAAUUCGGCCUGCACAAAGAUCGCCCAUCAUCGUCUGGAUGAGGCACAUUCUUUGUUGGAGCAAGCACGAAGACUAUGUCGAGAUCUAUUGAUGGAAGAUGAAAAGCCAGAAGAAGAUAUUGAACGAGAAUUGGCCAUCAUCGUUGUACAAUUAGCCUAUGUUGCUCAACUUCAAGGACAGGUCUCUGAAGCGUUGGAUUUGUAUCAGGGAGUUCUCAAGUCAAAAGUUGGCGAUACUGCCGUCACCGCCGUUGCAUCAAACAACAUGAUGGCAUUGAAGAAGGAUCACGAAUUGUUUGAUUCUGCGAAACGAUAUCGUGCUGCUGCUACUGCAGGGCUAGACACCAAGCUUACGAGGCAGCAGAAGAAGGUUAUUGCUGUGAAUGGUGCCGUGUUGUCAAUGUACAUGCAGAAGCCCUCUACAGCUCGAGAGGUCGCAAAGGGGUUACUUGCCUCGUAUCCACAAGAUGAACAGAUAUAUCUGGUGCUCGCUGGUAUCGCUUUGCGAGAGAACAAGGCUGCGAGAGCCAUAGAGGAGCUUCAGGAAUGCUCGUCCAUCUCUACUGAAUCUUUGACUAUGCAUCUCGCACUCGCCCAGUUAUACAUGUCGCAAAGGAAUACUGCUUCUGCUGUUAAUGUCAUGGAACGAUACCUUUCGAAAGCCAAUGAUUCAGAAAAGUACAAACCAGGCCUUGUCUCCUUUAUGAUUUGGUUGUAUAGUCAGGUUGGAGGCUCCAGCCCUGAGAAGGGAAUGCGUCUGUUGGAGCAAGCAUCUGCGUUUUGGCCUUCUCUGGGGUCCGGCAAUGUGUCGAUAAGCCGACAGCUAGCUGCAUUCAAACUCAAGUCCAAUCGACCCAAAGAAGCAGCAGCAGACUUUGAAAAGCUUGUCAAGGCUGAGCCAUCAGAUAUAUCCUCUGUUGCUGGUCUCAUAAUGUCGUAUUCUGAAUUCAAUCCUUCGCUCGCUGAAAAGUAUCAAUCAUACCUGCCAAACGAUGAUGUAGUAGAUGUGACUGAGAUUGAUGUUGACCAGCUUGAGACAUCAUUCACUAUGGGCAAGCUGGGAGCAAAGAAACCAGCUGUGGUACUUGCUGAGGGACCGGCUCCUGUCGUCAAGGAAAAGGAGAAGAAGAAACGCAAGAGGAAGAUUCAGUUGCCCAAAAACUAUGAUCCUAAUGUGGUUCCAGAUCCAGAAAGGUGGUUACCCAAACGUGAGCGUUCGGCAUUCCAAAAGAAGGGAAAGAAGAAAGAUCUCGCCAAAGGGUCUCAAGGUGCUGCAGCAGGUGCUGGAGGAGGAAUUGGUGGAACUGGAUCUGCUAGAAUUGCUGGUUUGGUUUCAGAAAGUCCUGCUGCUACAGCAAAGGCCCCGACUCCUCUACCACAAACGCCUCCUCCAGAGAAGAAGAAGAAGGGUAAAAAACGAUGA